GAUUAUGGACGAGAAUGCGAUGGGAAAAUGAAUGGGAAUUAUUGAAUGUUGUGUAUCGUGCAAGGUGAGUUGACUAGAUCCGAUGUUUGAGAAUGAAUAGGAAUUAGUUUUUAUAGAUUUGGGAGUUUGGCUUCAUGGUUUUCUUUUUGUCUUGUAAUACUUUCAUUCUGUGUUAUUGAGGGUUGUUUUCAUGAAUUUGUACAUCCAUUUCGGGGCUGUUUCUUAUCGUUAUUUGUCUCUGUGGUGAAAUUUGAUAUAAGUGUUUGGGUUAUAACGUAUCUCCUUUUCAUUGUUGUACGAGAGUUAAGUGAUACAAUUGUAUCGUUCGUGUCGCCGGACGAGAGGACUUGGUAGUUUUAAAACUUCUUAGGAAACUAUUUUCAAGAGGUAUCUUUGUGCUCUUACAACAUAAAAUCUUUUCUUCCCUUUCUUUGUUGGAAGGUAAAGUGGCUUCGAAUAGGACAAAUGUAAGUUAUCUUAGUCUUUUUACCAUCGUAUCAUCACUCUUUUUCUUAUGUCUUCAUUUCACCACACUUUUCCACUACUCUACACAGUUUACUCACAGAAAUCGAAUCUGUUUACUAACACCUUCCACCCAGAUGUCACCACCCUAUCCACAAAGAAACGCCAUCAUAGGCCUCACACCCACUCGCAAUGUUGACAUUCCACUCAGCACCAUCUUCAUGCUCCUCUUCCUCCUCGCCGCAAUAAUCCACAUGACACUCCUCCAAAUAAAUUUCCGACGCGGCCAAAAAUUCCUCAUGUCAGGCAUGGCAUUUGGCUUCUCCUUUUCUCGCGUCAUCACCUGCAUUCUACGUAUAGUCUGGGCCUCCUAUCCUACCAACAUCAAAAUCGCGCUCGCGGCUCAAGUCUUCGUUGCGGCAGGUACUAUAUUACUAUUUCUCAUCAAUAUCAUCUUCACCAGUCGCUUGUUGAGGGCCUAUCAUGCGUGGGCUUGGAAUCCAUGGAUCCGGAAUACUUUUCGAGCGGCGUAUGUGAGUUUAUUCGUGGGACUGAUUGCGAAUAUUUCUGUUUUGGUAGAGAAUUUCUUCACGCUCGAUGCGCAUGUUUGGUGGAUUGAUCGUGUGGUGACGUUGGUUGUUAGUACUUAUUUUGCCGUUUAUGCUUUUAUGCCUAUUCCGCUUUUGGCUUUGAGACUCUUACUUCCACGUGGGAAACGGGUGGAGAAAUUCGGAACUGGAAGCUUUCGUACGAAGAUUAGAGUGGUGCUCUUCGUAUCUGUUUUGCUUACUCUAGGAGCAGCCUUUAGAGCAGGUACGGCUUAUAGACCCAGGGGAAUUGAUGAUCCGGCUUGGUAUCAUAGUAAAGCUUGUUUUAUAUUUUGAUUUUGGCAUCGAGAUUGUGGUACUUUAUGUAUUUGCGGCGAUGAGGGUGGAUAGGAGAUUUAUUGUUCCGAAUGCGACGAAGGUGGAAGGGAUUUCAGGAAGGGGGAGGGCGGGAUGCCGGUGAAGGGGAGGAGGGCGAAAGGAGGUUAGGUGGGAGUGGAUGAGGGAUGGAAGGGGAAUGGAGGGAGUGGAGGUUGAGGAGAAGAGGAUGAGUGCACAAACACGGAGGGAGAAAAGAAAUAAUGGAGGAGGGAGAGACAGAGACGGCGGUUGGUAGUAAUGCUAGUGGAGGGUUACACCGGAGGUUAGAGAGGAUGUUAAUGUUGAUGC